AUGGAACAUAUUUAUCUUUCGGCAAGUCAAAUAUCUGUUUUAGAAGAAAAUACUAAAGGUCAAUCAUCUUCUACUCAUUGGCAUAAAGCCAGACAACGUAGGAUUACAAGUAAAACUUCCAUUUCCCAAAGCUUUCUUU